UCACAUUAUAAACGAUUCUAUGAUCCCCCAAUCAGGGCAUUGUUGAUGAAAACAGUCGAUAAAGGAAAUCCCAACCCCAUUGUUGGGUUAAGGUGGUUGAGGUUAUCCACAGAUCUUGGUUACCCCAGUCAGAAGCCAUAGACUGCCUUCAUCGUUUCUCAAGACAUUUUUAUACUUAAAAAUUUGUGUUACAAGUGUUAAACUCUAUGUCAUGUCUCCAUCCAAAAGUGAUAAACUCACCAAUGGCUCAAAAUCAGAGCUGAGUAUUUGGACGCGUGCAAUAACUGCCAACUCAGAGUGGCCAGACAAGGAGGAAUUUCUCGAUGUUAUCUACUGGAGUCGACAAGUCAUAGGGUUAAUCAUCGGCAUUGCAUGGGGGAUAAUUCCCCUCAAAGGCUUCGUUGCAUUGUUGCUGUUUGUUGUUGUUAAUGCUGGAAUAACGUAUUUGUAUAUUAGUAAUUUCCAACAAAUUGACGAGGAAGAGUUUGGAGGUAUCUGGGAAUUGACUAAAGAGGGAUUUAUGACAUCUUUUGCCGGAUUUUUGGUAACUUGGAUAAUAAUAUAUUCCGGAUUACACUUCGAAUGACAAAAAAGUGCGGGAAUUAAUUUCCUACUCAUGAAUUCCGCAUAAUAUGCAGGCUCGAGCACAUGGAUUCAUCUACUCGUCAUUUUCAAUACUGUACAUAGGUAUCUGAGAUCCUCGCUCGGUGUCUCCAUAUUGUUAUCCAGUAAUUCCCUCUUUUCUUAUCGAUUGAAAACUCGAAUUGUUUUAAACAAAAUAAAAUAAAUGAAUUGAUUGACUAA